AUGGGCCAAAUGGGAAGGGCAUUCAAGGAGAUUCACAAGGGUAAGAAGCCUCCUGGUGUCUGGAAGACAUUAAUGGAGGUUAUUCCCCAUGUCAAGAGCACAACUAACCUUCAGAACAACUUGCAAAGCUACCGUGUCCUAUGGACGGGCCUUGGGGCACAGCUCUCUCGUGAUGUGCCUUUCUCUGCUAUUUGUUGGUCGACCCUUGAGCCGAUGAGAAGACGACUUCUUGGUCUGGUGGGUGAGGAAGCCAAUGCAGCCAGUGUGCUUGGUGCAAAUUUCUCUGCUGGUUUUGUUGCAGGAAGCCUUGCUGCUGCUGCUACAUGUCCACUUGAUGUUGCGAAAACCAGAAGGCAAAUUGAGAAAGAUCAUGCCAGGGCAUUGAGGAUGACAACGAGACAAACGCUGAUGGAGGUUUGGAGGGAUGGCGGGAUGAAAGGACUAUUCACGGGUGUUGGUCCUCGUGUUGGCCGUGCAGGACCUUCUGUGGGCAUUGUGGUUUCGUUUUAUGAAGUUGUGAAAUAUGUUCUGCAUCAUCAGUAUGCUACUUAA